AUGGCCCUCCCCAUAUCCUCGCCCGCUCGCCCGCAGCUGCACUCGCAGGACACGCUGCGCCCCGCCAGCUCGUCGCAGCUCUCGGUCGAUGUCGCCGCCCAUCGCCGCCGCAGCCCGAGCUGCUCGCUCACCAUCUUCAAGGGCAUCGCCGGCGCCCACAUCAGCGCCCACAACCCCAUCGUCUCCAAGCCCGCCGGCCCGCAACCACCCGCCGCCAGCAACCGCGGCGGUGGCCGCUUUGCCGGUUCCUUUGCCGGCCUCGGUCAGCAUCAGGCAAGCCCCCAAGGUGGCAACGACGAAGCCGUCAACGUCCACGCCGUCACCGACGACGGCAUCCUCCUCCCCUUCAUCGACCGCCCCACCGAGGUCGAGGAGCUCCUCUUUGACACAAAGACAAACGAGCCGCUGCUCCAACGCCUCUGCCGCGUCUUUGGCGGCUCGCUGCAGCAGCCCACGCGCCGCGGCAUCAGCGAGGCGUGGGACGAGCUGCUCGAGAUCCUCGUCGGCACCGACCGCGCCAUCCUCGACGACGAGGACUGGCUCGUCCGCCUCGAGACCAUCAUCAUGGACCGCUCCGCCGAGCUGUGGGGCCAGCUGCAGCGCUGCCUCGGCGCCGACGGUCUCCUGCUCGACGCCUCGGCCCACGCCUCGGUCGUGCGCUACGACAGCUGGGCCGAUGGCGACGCCCGCUCCGACGGCGGCAGCGACAGCCCCGGAUCCGAGCCCGCCACGCCCAUCUCCGAGGCGCUCCCGUCGUCGAGCAGCGUCGAGGUCGAUGUCCGAGCCCUCUACGAGCUGCCUCCGAGCUACUACAAGCAGCCGGUGGGCAAGCUGCGCCGACCCUCGAUGCACGACGACCACGCCGAGGCGAGCCUCGACGCACCGUCGCUGUCGCCGCGAGCGCUCCGCGACCAGAUCACCUCGCCCUCGUCGCCCUCGCUCCACCUCGGAGAGCCGCUGGCCGACAUCAUGGAGGAGCCGCCCAAGGCAGGCGCCGUUCCUGCGACACGCCCUCGCUCCUACUCGGGCAAGUUUGCCGGCCUCCGCAUCCAGGCCGGCCCCCAGCACGGCGCGCGUUCGCCCAGCACGUCCAGCCUCUCGCCCGGAAUGGGCGGCCGCACCUCGAAUCCCUCUUCGCCGCUGCCGACCGGAGUCAUGUCGCCGGCGGGGCCGCAGCGCGGAGGAUCUGCCCUCUCGCCCGGCGCGGUCGACCCCUCGUCGGCGGCGUCGACGUCGUUUUCGCAUCCGAGGAGGCUCAGCCUGCUCGCACCCGCCGGCGGUGGAGGCGAGCACGCUCGUCACCACCACCACCGUCCCGAUCAGCAGCAAGGCCACCACCAUCGCCAGCAGCUCCACGACACCAGGGACAAGGCGCUGCGAGCGGAUCAUCCCCAUCCUUACGGCGCAUCUUCCCACGGCCACUCGCCCACGCCCUCGUCGCUGUUCGAUGGUCAUCGCCAGCCGCGUCGCCGCGCGAUGAGCUUCGCUCGUUCCUUUGCCCACCUCCACUCGGCGAUGCCCACGGAAGCGAGCGGGAGCGAGCUCGCAAAGCAGCGCGCCCCCGCUGCAGCGGCCGAGAGGCCCCGCUUCAGGCACCAGAAGUCGCACUCGAUCUCGCACGGCGAGGGCAUCUCCGCGCUCGAGAAGCCCGACGCUCCGGCGGCCCCGCCGCAGGGUCUCGGCCUGCUGCCCGACGGCAGGACCCAGCAUCCUUCCGCCGGCGCAUCGUCGCGAGCUCGUGCCAUGUCGAUGGCCAAUCCAGACACGGGCCACGGCCUCUCGCCCUUCCCGGACCACGCCGAGAGGACGAGGUCGACGAGCGACAAGACGGCCGACUCGUCGUCGGCGUCGAUCCCCGGCCUCCUUCCCGACGGUCGAACGCGCCACCCCUCGGGCAGCCAAGGCUCCAAGGACCUGUCGGAGUCGAUUGCGGCCUUCCGGGCCACCAUGGGCCUGUCGACGUCGCCCAGCGGCGGCGCCCGCAACGAGAUCAAAGAGGAGAGCCCCGCGGCGACGGUGAGCGAGCAGCGAUCGAGGUCCAGAUCCAGGUCUCGAUCGAGCUCGCCGGUGUCUAAGCCGGCAGCUGCGGCCGCCGCGACCGCACCUUCCACAUCGCCCAAGGGCAAGGCGGCCAGCCGACCCUCGAGCCAUCUCCCUCAGAGCAGCCCCUACUACCAGCAGUCCGCCGAGGCGGGGUCGCAGCCGAGGCAGGGCGCCCCCAGCGCCGGAGGGUCCGGUCUCGCUCUCGGAGGCGGCUUUUCGCUGGCCAAGUCCGGGGCCAACUUCAAGCGGCCCGAUGCCGGCCCGGUCAGGAGCCUGUCCAACGGCUCUCUGGGAGUCUCGGCUCGGGAGCAGGACGAGGCCGACGCCAUCCUCGCCGAGGAGGGCUACGGCGAGCGGUGGGAGGCAUUUGCCGCCCUCUGCCACGCGCUCGGCGUGGGCCAGUUUGAGAUCGGCCUGGCAAAGAGGCGCUGCGGACCCGCCAUUGAGCUCGUCGGCAGCGCCGCCGGGCCCUGA